CACUAGCGCAAAGAUCAGAAAGCUCGCUGCUGGUGAUCCUUCUCGGGCCAAACAGCCCGAUAUGAUUGGGAAGGUUCCCGUUAAUGGAAAGUUUGCUUAUGAGGCCAUGUUUGGAGAAGUAACUGGCGAGGGUAAGAACAACACCGAAAAGAAAAACCUAAUCGAUCUGAUUAGGUUAGGAUUAUUUAUGAAGGAUUCGUUGGAUCUUAUUUUGCAAAAAACUGAUGUUAAUCGCGUUUUUGCUUGGCAAGUCAUUGUAUAUAUUAUGGCAGAUAUUGGCAGCGUAGAACUGCCAAGAUCUUUCGAAACGUGCUUUAUGUUUUUAAAUGGAUUAGAUACAUUACGUUCAUUCGAGUUGGCAUAUGAACAAACAGUUAAGGAAUUUCUUUUGGAAAUAAAUAAGAAUGAAGACGACAUCAUGAAUGAUAAUUUUAAAACAUGGCGUCGACCGACACUCGGAACACCAGCAUUUAAAAAGAUUGUCAAAUUUAAAUAA